CACGGACGGAGAGUCGUACAAGAUCACGAACAUCAGCUCGGUCUGUGCUUCUAAUCCUGCGCGUAAAACGUCGUUUUUUUUGUAUUACACACAUAGGUAAAUAGAGUAGAAUAAAAGUUAACGCUACAGUGUCAAUUUUAAUAAACGGAAGUAAACAGAAGACCGCAAUAAUCGACCAAAGGACGAGAAGAUGUCUGGAAAAGACAGGAUCGACAUAUUCCCCUCUCGAAUGGCUCAGACCAUCAUGAAGGCUCGGCUGAAAGGCGCUCAGACCGGCCGCAACCUGCUCAAGAAGAAAUCCGAUGCUCUCUCCAUGCGCUUCCGCCAGAUCCUCCGCAAAAUUAUUGAGACUAAGACUAAGAUGGGAGAGGUGAUGAGAGAGGCAGCUUUCUCUCUUGCUGAAGCAAAAUUUGCAGCUGGAGACUUCAGCACAACUGUAAUCCAGAAUGUCAACAAAGCCCAAGUGAAGGUCCGAGCCAAGAAAGACAAUGUGGCAGGUGUCACCCUCCCAGUUUUUGAGCACUACCAAGAAGGCGGGGACAGUUAUGAGCUGACUGGUCUGGCCAGAGGAGGAGAGCAGCUCUCUAGGUUGAAGAGGAAUUACGCCAGAGCUGUUGAGCUGCUGGUGGAGUUGGCCUCCCUACAGACAUCGUUUGUCACACUGGAUGAAGCCAUAAAGAUUACCAACCGCCGUGUGAACGCUAUUGAGCAUGUGAUUAUCCCCCGGAUCGAUCGCACCCUCACCUACAUCAUCACAGAACUGGAUGAGAGGGAACGAGAGGAGUUUUACAGGCUGAAAAAGAUCCAAGAGAAGAAGAAGCAGCUCAGGGAAAGGACGGAACUGGAGAUUGCGGCCCGCUUGGCCAAGCUGGGUCCCAUUGCAGAGCCCGCUAACAUGUUGACGGAGGAGACGGACGAAGACCUGCUGUUCGAGUGAAGUGCUCUGAAGGCCGAAUCGCCGACUUCACCCAUCGUCCUAUUUAUUCUGUGCCUCUCAGGCCAUGUCUAUGUCUUCUCAUACAAGUGAUGAAAGUUUUUUUGUUGUGUGUACUUGUUUGUGAUGAUUUGUUCUGUUUUUUCAGUGCCGAAAGGUACUGCGUGUUUAGAGAUCUGUCACUGUACAGAGCCAAAGUGACGUCACACAUGGCUGUUAUCCCCAAGGGAGUCAGUUCACUAUGAUAAAAUAAUCUAAAUAAUAAGAAUAUAAAUAUGUUUACUCAUGGUUUGCAGGUGAAAAGAAUAAGCAUUCCAUGGGACAGAUUAACUUGUAGACAUUUCAGUUUCCUCACAACAUUUAGAGGCAUUGCAUGAUGUCAAGCUUAAGGUGGUUGUAGAUGUCAGAGUGUGUGAGUUUGUGUUGUGGAGGCCCAUCUCGCUGCUGACCUCAUAUCUCUGGGUUUGUUGUUUCCUCAUGUGAGGAGCUUUACCACUGUACAAGAAACUCCUAAAUAAAUCCUGCUGUAAAACCUAGUGUGAAACUCAACAUAAGCCUACACUUCACCCAAAUAAAGAUGUUAUCAAUAUCCAA